AUGUCACAUACUUAUUUCGAUAAAAGAGAAAAUGAGAUAAAUGCAGUGAAAUCAACAAAGACUAGUCCAUACAUACCAUCCAAUAAUCUGGACAAUAUUGUGAGCCAAUUCGAUGUCACUUCACUCAAUGACACACCUAAAGUCGGGUUAAUUGAAGAAAACAAAGAAAAUGCCUCUAAAUAUGAACAUAAUACAUUACAAAUUAAUGUGGAAGAUUCGUCUGCAGCCAAUAUUACAUUUGAAACGGAUUCUAACGUAAAUAAGUUACAUGGUUUAAAUGAAAUUGAGCCAAGUAGUCAAACCAAAUCAGAUAUGCAGCAAUCACCCAAUUCUAGUCUCGAUGUAACAAAAAAACUUAGCAAUAUUGUUCUCGAAUGGUCCUUUCAAAAACAAGGAGCGAAUCAGCAUGAAAAUGCAUCGAGCAGAUUAAGAGAUCUAUACAGUUAUAAGGAUAUUUAUCAGAAAAAAAAGGAAGAAAAAUUACGCAUGUGCAUAGAAAAUGAGCGUAAGAACCGUCAAUUCCAUAGCCGACCUGUACCUAAUUUUAAAGCAGCUCAUGCAAAGCUAGAAAACCAUAUAGUGCAUGCGAUAACAGUGCCACAGUCACCAGACGUUUUAAAGCAUUCUCGCGAAAUGAUGGAGAAAAAAAUGAAUAAGUUAGAAAUAUUUAAACGUCAACAACGACCACCUAAAUUCGAGUAUAGGUCACCGGUUGUACUAAGAGAAGAACCAUUUGUGCCAAAAAAGACCAUAACAAUAAUGGAACAGCGUCCAUUUAAUCUACAGUCAGAUAAACGACGACAAGAACGCAAGCAAUAUGAUGAGGGUUUAGAACAAAGAAUGGAGGAGCGCCGCAAACAGGUAGAAAUUAAGGAGGAGGAAAGCAAAAAGCGUGAGGAAGAUCGUGUAAAAGAAUUGAGGAAGCUAACAACGUUCAAAGCUCGUCCAAAUCCAUUCAAAUAAAAUAUUUUUUUUUUAUUUAAUACACAUUUUA